ACUUACACAAAAAUUAAAACAAAUCGAAAAAGACAUUAAAAUAAAUUUGCAUCUUGUUUACUAUUUUCUUUAACUAUGGGAGCUAUUUUAGGGACUGCUUCAUGUGCUGCUAGUAUAGCAUGCUGUUGUGGAUCUGCGGCUUGCAGCCUUUGUUGUUCAGCAUGCCCUUCUUGCAAAAAUUCAACAUCGACAAGAAUUGUUUAUUCAAUUUUUUUGUUAUUUACUACUAUAAUUUCUUGUAUUAUGCUUGUGCCUAAAGUAGAAGAUCAGCUUCAGAAAAUUAACUGGUUAUGUGAAAAGGCUGCAAAAGCUGAUUGUAGAGAACUUGUUGGAUAUAUAGCAGUGUAUCGUGUUUCUUUUGGUGCAGUUAUGUUUUUUUUGUUGCUCACUGUAAUAAUGUUUGGAGUGAAAUCAUCAAAGGAUCCUCGCUCUGGUAUUCAAAAUGGUUUUUGGGCUAUCAAAUUUUUUGUUUUAAUUGGAAUUAUUGUUGGAGCUUUUUUUAUACCAAGCAAGGAUGGAAAAUUUAUUCAAGCAUGGAUGUAUAUUGGUUUGAUUGGAGCAUUUCUCUUUAUAUUGCUUCAACUUAUUCUUCUUGUUGACUUUGCGCAUUCAUGGAAUGAAACCUGGGUAGAAAAAAUGGAAGAAUCAGAUUCUAAAUUUUGGGUUUUUGCACUUGCUGGCUCAACAUUUUUAAUGUAUGCUGUCUCUUUAGCGGGGAUCAUUUGUAUGUUUGUUUUCUUCACUAAUUCUCCAACAUCUAAAUGUGGUACAGAAAAGUUUGUUGUAAGUUUUCAAUUGGUAAUGUCAUGUGUGGUUUCUUUUAUUGCUGUGACACCUGCUGUACAAAACAGACAACCUCAAUCUGGUUUACUUCAAGCUGCUGUCAUUUCACUUUAUACAACAUAUCUUGCAUGGAGUGCUUUAUCUUAUUCAACUACUUGCAACAAGCUUAUUGCUGUUUCAAAGACUGAUUUUGAACCAGAUGUUGAUGCACAGUCAGUGAUUGGUGUUGUCAUUACCUUUUUUCUUGUUAUUUUUAAUUGUGUUCGCACUUCUUCAUCAUCACAAGUUGGCAAACUUGGUCUCAAAUAUGGGAGCUCAGAGGAAAAAAAUGAAUUAGAUAUUCCUGAGGAGGCUAACAGUUCUCGUUCAGUGGGCGACAAAAAUAAAGGCCAACACGUCUAUGACGACGAAGACUCUAUUGUGGCAUACUCUUAUUCAUUUUUCCAUAUUAUGAUGAUGCUUGCCACACUAUAUUUAAUGAUGACUAUUACCAACUGGUACAAGCCUAGCGUUUCAAACUUGAACAAGUUAAGCAACUCAGAUGCAGCUUUUUGGGUAAAGAUUUCGUCUAGCUGGGUUUGCUUUGGAAUUUAUUUAUGGACACUAUGUGCUCCUGUUAUAUUCCCGGACCGCGAUUUUAGUUAAAAACGCUCAAUUUUUAUUUACGUAAGGUAAAUCACUUUUUUAAAAGUUUCGUUUUCAAAAUAAGAAACAAAAAUCGUAGUUUUGUAUUUUUAUUCAAACCAAUUGUUAGUUUUU